AUGUUGAAUCAAGACUCAAGGACAAGUGAGAAUGUACAGGAUACUCCGCAACAACAGCCUCCACCACCGGCACCAGUACCACCACCAGCCCCAGGUCUGUACUAUGUGCAACAGUAUCCAGUUGGCUACUACCAAACACCACCAGUGCCAGAACCACCACACUACCCAGGUCAGCAGUUCCGCCUCCAACAACAGCAACAGCAGCAACAGCAGCAACAGCAAGUACCUUUAGUACAUCAAAUAAGCCCUCGAAAUGACCACCCAACGCAACAAAAUGUCCAGCAACCACUCCCGGUACAAGCUCCUCCAGGACUACCGCAGCCAUACUACACACCCACGUAUCCACAAAUUUCCCCCAUUGCACAAUAUGUGCCGACUUCCACCCAUCCUCAACCCAAUCAUCAACUGAUUCAGUAUCAAUAUCUUUCUCCACCACAACAGCAGCCACAAUCUUAUGCACCACCUAUAUCAACGAGCCAUAGAUCAGUUCGAUUCCAAGAGGAUCCAAAUUCAAGUCAAUUUCGAUCUCAGCUGCCGGCAGUAAAACAGGAAUUUGACAGAGAGCAAACUUCAUCCUCGGUGGUUGCUCCUCUUCCUCUUAAUCCACCUCCUACCACUGUGUCUUCAUCAACUCCCUCGGAAAGCUCAACAAAACUGAAACGUCAAAGUCCAUCUCCAGAGAAUCCUCUUGUGGAAGAACGACAGUCGAAAAAGCGACCUCCACCGGUGAGCAAAAUAUUAUCAAGAACUUCUGCUACUUAUCCAAGGAAAAGAGCACUUACCGCAUGCGACACUUGCCGAGUAAAGAAAACAAAGUGUGACAAUGUUCGACCUCACUGUGGUUCUUGUGCUCGAAAUGGCAAUACAAACUGCCAAUAUAGUACUGGUGAUCAACUCAAUGACUACUCAAGUUAUGACCCAGCAUCAUUGAACAUUUUGACAAAGUUGGACGUUAUAAUGAGGGAUUUGAAUCAGAUGAAGGACACCCAGCAGAAGUGUAGUCAUGAAUCUGCAGAGAAGCGAGAGACCAAGACUGAUGCAAACGGAUCAGUACAUAAAAGUGCAAAGAGUGGUGUUCCCGAGUUUGAUACUUGUAUCUGGGACAUGUCAGCCACCUCAAUCAUCAACUGGAGCAUGUUUAAGCAAGACUUGCACGUCUCGGCAGAAGAGGUUGAAUCCACCAAGCACAAGUUGCUAAAUGUAUACGAUAGAAACAAUUUCAUCCGCCAUGGUAAAAGUGAAGCAAUACAUUCAUAUGAGGAAAAGAUCAACGACUUUAAAAUAGCUGAACAAUUGUUGAUGAAGAAUUUCACCAGUAUAAUCAAUUCAUUCUUUGUCAAUAUGUACACAAAGUUGCCCAUCUUGAAUGUGUGUGAGUUUUUCACUGUGUUGGAAUUGUAUCAAUUCUUACUAUCCAAGAUGCCACAACUUACAUUUGUGCGAUUGUUGGAAUUGUUUGAAAGUGAGGAUUUGCCUCAACUGAUUUUCCAGGUGUAUGAAGAACUGAAGAUUGAGUUGAACAAUUGGGAAAUUGAGAAAUUGAACCUCUUGGUGGAAUCAAUUCCGUUGAUCUUGGUCAUUUCUGCUCUUGGUGUUUCGGCCAUACCUGUGAAUUUGGACAAUUUGACUACAUUCAAGACCUCGUUACAUGAAUCAGCAUCAAUUUCGAUUGGCUCCUUGUGUGGUUCAAACAGCUUUGAAGGGAUUCCCGCCACAUUCACUACAAAUAGGACACUAAUUGCUUACAAGUUACUCACAUACUCACAAUCCAUCAUCCAUAUGUUUCCAUUUGUUAUGAAGGAAAAUACAAUCCGGUCAGCUCAGUACUACUUGUUAAAAAGUCAAUUGCAUUUGCAGAAUAACAACCCAUUGCGAGCACACAAAUUCAUUGUAAGUGCCAGCAGGAACAUUAUGUACUACCUACAGAAAACAAACGGCGGUAAGAGUAUAAGUGACGGUGAAAAAAGGGAUGUCCUCGACCGACUUUUUUGGAUUUGUUUGAAACUUGAGUGCGAGUUGAAUAUCGAAUUGUCUCCCUUUGUUUCAUUAUCAGGAAUACAUCAUUUCCCUCCCACUGCAUUAUUCCCCAAAGUCCCCGAUCCAAUUACGGAAGAGCUGAAGGGCAAGUAUAGUAGUUCAGUCUUGAAAUUAACCCAAAAGUAUGAUGACCAGUAUAUGUGGUAUUAUUUUUUGACAGAGGUGGCAGUGAGAAAGGUGGAUAAUAAAAUGCUUGAUGAUUUGUACUCGUUGGAAUCAACAGUUAGCCAUGCUUGGGAUCUGGACAAAUUUGCAAGUGAAACAGUUUGGACUGAUUUCGUCAAGUACUUGAAUCAGUAUAAUGGAAUCAUCAACUCCUUGACUCCUGAAAUUCGAUUUUUUGUAUUGCAGGAAAUCGAUACAGAGCAUAUUUACAAGCGUAUCAAGAAAAAGUACGAUCGAGUCAAAGAAAAAAAAUCGAAUGGAGUCAAUGCAAAACCUCAAGAAGAGCCAAGUGACUUGUACAAUGAUAUCUUUGACAAUUUGGAUGACUUUCUCAUUGAUGAUGACUUGCUACUCCGUGCACAAUCAGAAUCCAUAAUGUACAUCAAAACAAGAGUCUUGACAUCAAAGUUGUUGCUAUUUCGUCCAUUGGUGUAUUUGAUUUUGGAGGACAAAGUGCCCCUACCGGAAUUGAUUAAUGCGGCAGUUUCUGUGAUUGGUUCAUCUAUUCCACAACAACAAAAGGCUUCUUCACUCGAAUCUGAUUAUGGAUAUGAUACGCCGAUUACUUCAUCUGCCUCAAACACAAUUUGUGACUCUAAUGAUUUCUCAAGUGUGUUGGAGAUUGAUCUAGAUUUUUUCAAUUUGAACAACGCACCAUUGUUUUAUCAGAAACAGCAUCCCGAUGAAGAUUUCUCCAAUUUGAUUGAGUAUACAAGAAAGGAAAGCAAUGAUGAGCUUGAUGACAAUGUGGAUUUGAAUAUUAAUGACAUGGCCAGUGCUAGAGCCAAGAUUUUGCGCAUUUUUUUCCGAAAUCUAAUCUCGAUUCCCAAGUUGAACAUCCCUCGAUUAGCAUGCCAUCGUCAUCCUGGAAGUUGGUACUACAUUCGGAAUUUGUUCAUUGGAAGUGUCAUGCAAUACUUAAUGUUUAGAAAAAUUCAGCACGUUAUAAUCACAGCCAGCACGAAUAAAGAGUUGCAAAAUAUGUUGAUGCAAUCAAUGUGUGGGGCUAGAAGUGAAGGUGUUCAUUCUGGAGACACUGGUACGACCCCGUCAUUUGAAUCCAUAGUGCAAAUGAUUUCCAGUGUUGUUGGAAAAGAGAGCAUUGUUGCCAAUUUGGAACAUCUGAAGAUUGUGUUUGAGUAUUGGAAAGAUGAAGUAGGUGAUUGUGCUGUAUAUCAAGAGUUUGUGACUAGAAUGUUGGCAGAGUUGUAA